CUCAUCCACCCCGCUCCUUCACCAAGUAAAUCUAAGCAACCCGCCACCUACACACAUUACCACUUAUAGUCGGUAUAGUUUCCACGGAAACCACACGCCAAAGGGACAAACCGUGCCACCUCCCGCUCAACAUAACAAGUCGUCGUGUACCACACGCCUGCUAUGUCUAGGUGCCCACUACCACCACCACCACUCCGUCGCGUCAUCGACUUCCUCGAUUCGGAAAGCUUGGUCGAUACUCUUUUCAACAACCUCAUCGCCGCCGGCGGCGGCCUCGUCAUACCACGUACUAGACGUAGGAAUUAGGACCUAUUUUCACGUAUUCUUUCGUCGUUGGUCUGUGUACUCCCACACCGGAUCGCUGUAAGCCGUUUGUUAGUCAGUUACUUCCAAGUGUCGUUUGGGUGAUUUACUGCUGCUGCCAUCGCCUGCUGCGAUUCCUUUGGCGGUGGUUGAAGUUAAAGAAUAACCAGAAAGGAUUUACCAGCAGAAGAGCGCAUUGAGGAGGACAAAAACCGCAAAAGCUUUUAGUCGGGAAACGGUGCUGGCCACAACGCAAUGCUCCUCGGUGCGGAAUGAAGUAGCUUAGUAGUUGUGGUUUCUAUACGUUUUUGAAACACGAAAAACAAGUGCCUUUUUCUACAAAAUUCUAACAGUCCAGCGAAACGCCGCAGGAUGGGCCGCAAAGUGACACUCGCCGUGGCAACGCUGAAUCAGUGGGCGCUCGAUUUCGAGGGGAACAUGUCCCGCAUCAUGGAAUCGAUUCUGGAGGCGCGCGAAAUGGGCGCCACCUAUAGGACGGGGCCGGAGCUCGAAGUGACUGGCUACAGCUGCGAGGACCACUUCCACGAAUCGGACACCUACCUGCACGCGUGGGAGAUCCUGCUGGAGAUCAUGAUGUCACCGCACUGCCAGAACAUGCUCAUCGACGUCGGCAUGCCGGUGCAGCACCGUAACGUGGCCUACAACUGCCGGGUGGUGUUCCACAACAAGCGCAUCCUGCUGAUCCGUCCGAAGCUGGUGAUGUGCGACGACGGGAACUACCGGGAAACGCGGUGGUUCUCCUCGUGGACUAAGGAACGUCAAACGGAGGAGUACUACCUGCCGCGGAUGAUAUCCGCGGCCACCGGUCAGCACACGGUUCCGAUUGGGGAUGCCGUCAUUGCCACCAGGGAUACCUGUCUGGGGUACGAGAUAUGCGAGGAGUUGUGGAAUCCGCGGAGUACGCACAUCGACAUGUCGCUGUCCGGAGUGGAGAUCAUGGUGAACAGUUCGGGGAGCUACAUGCAACUGAGGAAGGCGUACAUUACGACGGAUUUGAUUCGGAAUGCGAGCUACAAGGCAGGUGGGGCUUAUCUGUUUAGUAAUUUGAGGGGUUGCGAUGGUCAGAGGGUGUACUUCAAUGGGUGUUCGGCGAUUGCCUUGAACGGACAUGUCGUGGCCAGGGGAAAGCAGUUUGCGUUGGAGGACGUUGAGGUCACUACGGCGACCGUAGAUUUGGAGGAUAUUCGGUCUUAUCGGGUAGCUAUGAGGUCGCGUUGUACAGUGGCAGCGUCGACUCCGACAUAUCCUAGGGUUAACGUAGACUUCGCGUUGUCGCAUGCCUUGGAUCUAAAUAUUCCACCAAGUGCUCCAUUGGAAUGGGUUUACCAUAGUGCCGAAGAGGAGAUUGCUCUGGGUCCGGCUUGUUGGCUUUGGGACUAUCUGCGUAGAUCGGGACAGGGAGGGUUCUUCCUGCCGUUGAGCGGUGGAGUCGACUCCAGCAGUACGGCGAUCAUCGUCCACUCGAUGUGUCGUCUGGUGGUCAAGUCGGUGAUGCUUGGAGAUAUUCAAGUCCUGCACGACAUCCGGAAGAUUUUGGCUGAUCCGGACUUCACCCCGGAUAAUCCAGCUGCCUUGUGUAAUAGGUUGCUGGUCACGUGCUACAUGGGAAGUGAGAAUUCCAGCAAGGAAACCCGUCAGCGGGCAACCAGCUUGGCUAAUCAGAUUGGAAGUUAUCAUCUGGAGAUCAACAUCGAUGGGGCCGUGAGUGCCUUGUUGGCGAUCUUCAACACGGUUACUGGCAUGAAGCCCCUGUUCAAGACCCAGGGAGGCUGCCCACGUCAGAACUUAGCCUUACAGAACAUCCAAGCCAGGACCCGGAUGGUCCUCUCAUACCUGUUUGCCCAGUUGAUGCUCUGGGUUAGAAAUCGCCCAGGAGGACUUCUGGUCCUGGGGUCGGCAAACGUCGACGAAGCCCUCCGAGGCUACAUGACCAAGUACGAUUGUUCAUCCGCCGACAUCAAUCCCAUCGGAGGUAUCUCCAAGACCGACCUGAAGCGGUUCCUGCUGUACGCCAAAGACAAGUUCAACCUUCCCAUCAUCUCGGAUAUCGUGACGGCUCCUCCAACAGCCGAGCUGGAACCUCUCCAGAACGGAGCCCUGGCCCAGACGGACGAAGAGGACAUGGGCAUGACCUACAACGAGUUGAGCGAGUUCGGUCGGCUCCGGAAGCAGAACUACUGCGGACCGUACAGCAUGUUCUGCAAGCUGGUCUCCAUGUGGAAGGACAGCUGCACUCCGCGGGAGAUCUCCGAUAAGGUCAAGCACUUCUUCCGCUGUUACGCCAUCAACCGUCACAAGAUGACGGUACUGACGCCUUCGUACCACGCGGAAUCCUACAGCCCGGACGACAACCGGUUCGACCAUCGGCCCUUCCUGUACCGCGCCAACUGGAGCUGGCAGUUCAAGUGCAUCGACGAAGAGCUGGAGCGGAUCACGUGCCCGAUCACGGCCCCUCCAUCCUCCGGGGACGACUACGGAUCGGCCAAAAGUGGUCACUCGCCAAGUAGUGGCCGUAGGGCCACCAGCGGAGCGGACAAAUGCUCCUCUCCGUUGUUCUUCUCGGAGACGACGGCGGGAACGACGGCCGGGAUGAGCAGCGGCGGAAGUGCCCACCAGUUGAACAACCACGUCAACCACCAUGGGCACGAAUCGCUCAAGUUGACCAAGUCGCACAGCAGCGGAGGAUACUCCAAGAUGCACUCCAGUGUAAUGGGCAAGAUUAAGGAUAGGACCGGGGUCCCGGUUUAAAGGGGAAUUGAGGGAUCACGCACAAUCGGAAUUGGGGAUGGGCAGUUGGCGUAAGGUCGUUUGGAAAAUUUUCUUUGGAUGUCCUAAGAAACCUUCAAUUUCAUAAAAAUCUCUCAGAAUUUCUCCGGAAAUCCUCGCAAGACUUCUCUGGAAAUUCUCGCAGGAUUUUUCCGGGAAUCCCGGCAUGACUUCUCUGGAAGUCCUGUA